AUGGCUCGUGAUCAACUGGGCGUUCUAAGCGCCCUAGACGCAGCGAAGACUCAAUGGUACCAUUUCACAGCGAUCAUAAUCGCGGGAAUGGGGUUCUUCACAGACGCGUACGAUCUUUUCAGCAUCCCAAACGUCACAAAAUUGCUCGGACGCAUAUACUACACCGAAGAAGGGGCAGCGAAACCGGGUACUCUACCUCCGAACGUCUCAGCCGCAGUAAACGGCGUCGCAUUGUGCGGGACCCUUGCCGGCCAACUCUUCUUCGGUUGGCUCGGAGACAAACUGGGAAGAAAAAAAGUGUACGGCAUAACCCUUGCUCUCAUGGUUUUCUCCUCCCUCGCCUCUGGCCUCUCCUUCGGCUCCACCCCUAAGGGCGUCAUCUCCACCCUCUGCUUCUUCCGCUUCUGGCUCGGCUUCGGCAUCGGCGGCGACUACCCUCUCUCCGCCACCAUCAUGUCCGAAUACGCCAACAAGAAAACUCGCGGCGCGUUUAUAGCUUCUGUUUUCGCUAUGCAAGGCUUCGGAAUCCUUGCUGGCGCCGUUGUUUCUAUCGUAGUCUCCACGGCUUUCGACCACGCUUAUAAAGCUCCUCCCUACAAUGUAAACCCCAAAGCCUCGCUUGUCCCUCAAGCCGACUACGUUUGGCGCAUUAUUUUAAUGUUCGGCGCCUUGCCGGCUGCUCUCACUUAUUACUGGCGCAUGAAGAUGCCUGAAACGGCGCGUUACACGGCUUUGGUAGCCAAGAAUGCAAAGCAAGCCGCGCAAGACAUGUCGACGGUGUUGCAGGUUGAGAUCGAAGCAGAGCAAGAAAAAGUGGACAAAAUAGCUGACAGAGAUGCAAAUAGCUUUGGGUUGUUUUCUAGGGAGUUUGUGCGGAGGCAUGGACUUCACUUACUUGGGACUACCACCACUUGGUUUUUGCUGGACAUUGCCUAUUACAGUUCUAACCUUUUUCAGAAGGAUAUAUACAGCAAAAUUGGGUGGAUUCCUUCUGCAGGGGAAAUGAACGCCAUUCAUGAGGUUUUCAGGGUUGCUAGAGCCACCGCUCUCAUAGCUCUCUGUGGAACUGUCCCAGGCUAUUGGUUCACUGUGGCUUUCAUAGACUAUCUUGGCCGUUUCUUCAUUCAACUCAUGGGCUUCUUCUUCAUGACUGUUUUUAUGUUUGCUCUUGCCAUUCCUUACAACCACUGGACCAAAAAGGACCACAGAAUUGGGUUUCUUGUUAUGUAUGGUUUAACUUUCUUUUUCGCCAAUUUUGGCCCCAACGCCACCACCUUUGUGGUGCCGGCCGAGAUCUUCCCCGCCAGGUUGAGGUCCACCUGUCAUGGAAUAUCCUCCGCGGCGGGCAAGGCCGGGGCCAUAGUGGGGGCAUUUGGAUUUCUAUACGCUUCGCAGGACAAGAAUCCUGCAAAGCGCGACGCAGGGUACCCUGCUGGGAUCGGCAUGAAGAACACACUGAUCGUACUUGCUUGUGUGAACUGUCUCGGCAUUUUUUGCACGCUGCUGGUGCCCGAGUCCAAAGGGAAAUCCUUGGAGGAGUUGAGCGGAGAGAAUGAAGAUGAAGGUGAACUUGAGAGUGCUGAGCCCCCACAUGGGGCUUCUUCUUCUAUUAGGACCGUUCCCGUUUGA